CGCGAUCAAAUUCUUUCCCUCCCUUUCGUUGCUUUCUUCCCGACCAAGUCUUGUGUGGCUUCCUCUCCUCGCCCGAAAGCCAAGGAUCAUUCGCCCAAGCUUUCCACCUCCAUCGCAUCAGCCGAUCGAGCCCGCGAACACAAACAGCCUUGGGAAAACUCAAGAGAGCAGCGCGCGCGCGCAGACUACGUGCACGAACCUCGCGAUAAUGGCGGAGGCGGCCGGCACGGCCUUAGCGCAGGCGCAGCAGCAGCCUGCCAGAGUAGGUACGACAACGACGACGACCGGUAGCGAUGUCUCGGCGAGGCUGCAGCAGGUGCUGGCGCUGCUGUUCCCGUCGAACCUGGCUGCGAAGGCGGCGCUGUUCGCGCUCGUGGUGGCGCUGGUGCCGCUGCUGCCGACGAGCCAAGCGUCCAGGAUAUGGGAGCUGCCGCACCUGCUCCUGCUCGGCAUCAUCAUCUCCUACGGCGUCUUCGGCCAGAAGAACGCCGACGCCGAGGUGGCCGCCGCGGCCGCCGACGAUUCCAGGCCCGUCGUCGACGACGAGGCGUCGGUGGAGGCCUACGUCUCGCAGAUGAUGCAGGGCUCGCCGGUGGUCUUCGAUGACAACGACCCCGAUGAUGGCAGCGGCGCCAGCAAGGUCGGCGUCCAGGCGUGGAGCUCUCGGUACCUUCCGGACGACCCACUCGUGGUCGUUGCCGACGCCAGCAACGGCGAUGGCGGCGCGGGAGAGAAGCCGCUCCUCCUGCCGGUGAGGAAGCUGAAGCCGGCGGUCGAGGACUCGGCGACACUACCGGAAGAUGUCAGCGACGGCAUUGAGGAGCCGGAGGAGGAAGACGAAGACUUCCUUGCCCCCAAGGCAGGAUACGACGGCUUUCGCGAGCGCGCCAUCCCUUCGCCGUCCUCCGUCCUCGACGCCGAUCUCACCCUGUCGCCGUCCUCGCCGUCUCUGCUCCCACCUCCCCCUCCGCCACCGCCGCCGCCGUUCCUCGGACGCGGAUCACGCAGCCUCCGGAAGGCCAAAGCGAGAAGCUUCAACGGAGCGAUCGGCGACAGGAGCACGAACGGAAGGCUGGGCCUGCAUGGCGUCGACGGCAAGCAGUUCCGGUCCAAGUCGGCGAUCCAGGCGACGAGGAGCGCCUUCGCCGGCUACGAUCCCGUGGUACCACUCGACGACGACGACGACGACGAUGACGCUGUGGAUGCCGAGCUAGAUGAGGCGGUCGCGGCGUCAGAAAGCUCGUUCGGCAGCGACAUGGUUACCGACGGCGACGAUGGCACGGAGGAAAACGUGUUCGAGGAGGAUGAGGAGGCGGUGGGGGAGGAAGAGGACGGCAGCUCGUGCGACGAGGAGCUCUUCGAGCUGGCGACGAAGCCGGGGCCGGAGGUCGACGACGAGGAGGAGGUGGAGGACGAGGUGGACAGGAAGGCCGACGAGUUCAUAGCCAAGUUCAGGGAGCAGAUCAGGAAGCAGAGGGUCGAGCCGGCCACCAGGAGGUGACCAGACAGGUUCGACGGUCUCCUUGCAACUACUCCUCGUCAGAAAGCUCGUAGCGAGGCUGGCCGUGGAGCUCCUCGCGUACCGAGAGAGGACGUGCUUUUUUUCUCGUUUCUUGUUUCGUUUUGGGUGUUCCGAUGUAAUUACAACCUGAACAACGGUGUACAUUAAGAAAGUGGAGCCGGGGCUUAUGGUUAUCACAUCAGGAUUAUCGUUAUGCUAAUCAUCAUUUGGCGAGUUUGACU